GCAGCGGAGCAAACAACGACGACCGCGCUGCCUACAACAACUUCUGCGGAGCCGACGUCAACACCAGCACCGACGCUACUGACGACAGCGGCCAGUGCAGAUCUAGCCUGCAUGAUUGUGGGAGACGUCUGCAAUCUCGGAUUAAAUCAAACGGCAUAUAACCAGGAAAAAUACUUCAUCGGUAACAUUAGUCAAAUGUUAUUCGAUUCGACUUCGCAAUUCAGAGCAGGAUUAUCACCGUAUGGACAUGUUCGUGGAACUUUUCUCAGGGAUGAAUUCGCUAAACUCGAGAGCUCAUUUGAAGGGUUUCGCCCUUUACUAAAUCGCAUGCAUUAUACUACGUCUGGUUCAGCAACUUCAGCAACAAUGGCAUUAAAUGCAAUCAACAGAUAUAAAGAAUUCAAGAAGAACCAUGUGAAUUGCCUGAUCUUCUUCUCCGCUCAACUGAACCCGGCUGGCUUACCUCACUUGAAACCAAUAAUGGAGCCCAAUGCAACACUCGUCGCUGUCGGCUUCAACGGUGUCAACCUAGAGCACAUUGUCAAAGGAAAAGGAAAAGCAAUCAGUGUUCCCUAUGCAUUCACAUCAGAGCACGUUCAGAAUGUCGUCAAUGCUGUACUCGCCCACUAA